AUGUUUCGAAGGCACAGGCCUAGUGAUACUAGCGCAGUUAAGUCUAGGAAAAAGUUUCUAAGUGAAAAGGAAAGUACUCACAAAAUAAAGCACUUGAAGAUUUUGAUUGAUAGCCUAUCAGAUGAUGAACUCCAACCAUUUUUUGUCGAAAAUUCGUCCCUAAUAUUUCAAGUUUUUAGUGACUGUUUCUUUAGCUUUGAGUGGGAUGUUAAAUUAAAGGGAAGCAGUAAUUGUAUUAAAGAGUUGGAGGUAGUGCUCACAGUAUUUGAGAAAGUACUGUUAUUGUUGCCGGAACACAUUCACCAAAGAUGGCAGCAUAAUUGUAUUAUUGAAGUAAUUGAGGAUCUCCUGUACGAAAAGAAUGCGCUCACUAUCCGUAAAAGGGGAAUCAGGUUAUUUUUAAUAUGGUAUCAGAUACUUGGCUUGAAUGCAACAUCUGUCUGCCAUAGAAUUUUCUACAAUCUGGUCCCUGAAUUUGGCCCACUGAUUGCAGAAUAUCAAAAGCGUGAAAAUGAUCAACGCAAGCACAACCAUCCUCAUGCUAGAAACCUCUCGACGGAUACGCGUGGACAGAUGAUGCAAGAGUCGAAGUCCUCGAAUGUUGUUGCCCCGCGCGAACGGGUUGCCCUCCUAACUGCCACUGCUCUAGGAGAGGAUGAGUCGUUUGAUGACAAAUCCUUAGUCCUGCUUCAGUCACUUCUACAUUUCCUUGUCUCAGAAUCCUUCAAGAUCGAGUGGUCACAACUUCGAUAUGAGCAACAUUUAAUGCAGCUAUGGUUUCUGUUCGAAAAGUUAAAACAUUCGUACCUCCCCGUUAUUUUUCCAUGUUUAUCUCCUUUAUACUCAAUAUAUUCGCCCUCGACUUCAUCCCAAGUGAACAACACAGUCCCAUUAACUUCAAAUAUUUUACAGGAUUACCCAAUCCAUCCAUCACGUCUUUCAUACUAUCAGUUAGAAUUCGCCUGCUGGUUGGCAACUUUUGUAUAUACUGGUCCACGGGAAUCAAGUCAUGCUAUCUCUUCGGACGGUGGCUUCGAUUCAAAUUUUACUAUCCAUGGUUCUGUAGCAGGUACUACUGGCCCAUCUUUUAACCUGGCUGGCAGUUUCCCAUGGGAUACACAUGGUGAUCCGAACGACUUUCUUCUCUCUCGACAUUUCCGCUCAUUCAUAGGUUGUCCUGGACAUGGUGAAUUCGAAUCUGGAUCAUAUUCAAAGGCUAUCAGUUACGCCAAACUUUCGAGUUCUCCACCUGUUCAAGUACCAAUUUAUCUGCGAAAUGGUGACGAGAACUUUGUUCAGGAACCAACUAACCUGGCUGCUUCGAACCUCUCUCCUAAACUAAACAGUUAUUCGGUCAAAGAUACUGCUGUAAUUCCUUCCACUGUCCAAACAUCUCCACUUCCACAAAAAUUUAUUUUCACUGAACCAUUCUUUAAUUACGAUGAAAAAGUCGUUUCUAUGGUUCAUGAAGUGUUAUAUGGAUGUAGACAAAAUAUUAAUUUGGUACAGGACAUUUUACAUCAGGCAUUGCUUCUUCCUUUGGAAUGUCACAAAGCUCUUUUCUUUAUCGUUACAGUUUAUGGUUCGUGGUUGGAAAACAAACACAAUCGCCCAAUUUUUAUGCAAGCUUCAGAUAGUCCAGUAAAAAGUAUUUCUCCGUCAGCAAAAUCACAAGUAAACGUAUCUUCAAUAGAACACAGUCAAAUGCUCAAAAUGAAUGGCCGUAUGAAUGAUCUUAAACAAAUUCAACAGUCACAAAUUGAAGAUUUUCCUAUUGAUGAAACUAAAUCUAAGGAUGAUGUUGGCAUCAAUGAUCCAGAAGAAUUGAAAGGUUGUUUACAGAAUACAAUUCAGAUUAUGCUGGAAAAUAUAGCCAAUAUAUUUUAUGCUAGUAGUUUAAAUCCUAACUUAUCGGAAUCACAAAAUACAAACAGAAUAAGUACAAGUGGAACCGAUUAUACAAAAUAUCAAAUUGAUUUAUGCCGUUUGGUGUUACAGAUUUUUCAGUUUGCUAGUAACAGUAAUGAGUUAACUUCAGAGACCUGGUCUAAAUUAUUGUCCAUCCUAAUGGAUAUAAUGCGCAAAACAAUGGUUAAUACUUCGCCAAGUAAUGUGCAGAACUACAAAUGGUUGUCAAACAAUAAACUUACACAGAAUCUUUUUCAGACUUUAAAUGGUGCUUUAUUACGUGCAUCUCUAUUUUCGACAAUAUCUUCAGAGCCAUGGGACCAGUGUUUGAAUAUUUAUUCUCAGUUAAGUCAUUGGCCAUCACUGAUAAUCGAAUGGAAAAAAGUUAUGCGAAUGUUAACAUGUACAAUGUCUAAAUUGGUAUACGGUGUAGAUUUAUCAGAUUUACCUCAAGAAAAGAAAGGACCUCGAAUUAAGCGUUUAGCAGGUUCUACUAAUCCAGCUACUAGAACUCGACCGAAAUCAUUGACUGAAGCAGCGUUGAAUUAUCAUAAUGACAAUAUUACUACUGCUUCUACUACGACUACUACUUAUAUCAGCACUGAUUUAGCAAAUGUUUUAUCGUCCCCUCCUGUGCCUUAUCCUAGUGCAUUAUCGGUCUUGAGUAUUCAUCAAAAUUCACUCGAUGAUGAUAAUCUAGCGUCAACUACUGACCCCAUUGAACUGCAUUUAUCGUCACAGGAGAAUUCGCAAAAAAGAUUUGCUACUUCUAAUGAGCUGAAAACAUUAAGAAAUGAUAAUAAUACUAUGCAGUGCAUUGAAAAAUGGACUUUUGAUACUAUAUCCUCUGAAAACUAUGUAUUGGAUAAUAAUAAUGAUAAUGGUAAUGUAGUACAUAGCUAUAUCCCUCCUAGGGUAUCUUCAAUUAAUGGUACUCAUGAUGAAUCGAAUUUACCGAUGUCAAGUAAUGAUUUAACAGAGGUAUAUGGUAAUCAUGCUCUGCAUAAUUCACGGUCUAUCUCUCAUGAUUUAUCAAAUCAAAAUGAAUCAAAGCAAUUCAAUGUAACAGUUAAAAGUGAAACAUCGAUAUCAGAAAGUAGACGUAUGUCAUCUGUAAGACGUGCAACAAGUGAAAUCACGCUGGAAGUUGUUAAGUUUGAUCUCGAUUCACCUCAGAGUCCAGUGAGAACUUAUUUCGAUGAAAAUAUUGAUGUAGGUACUUCAAAUAUUCCUAGAUCAUGUGAUAUACUAAGUGGUGAACAUUCCACUUUAGAACCAAAUAGCAAAGAUAUAUUGACUGCUGCCCCUUCACAAGAAGUUUCCAUUACUAAUGAGACUUCAAAAUUACCUUCAAAUACAUCAAAUGAUCAACUUAACACAGCAGAUCUACCUCGCUGUAUUCUUGCUGGUGGUUCGGCUCUUGGAUGGACUCAUGAAUCUAUUGUUAUUUGUUGGCGUCGAUUUUUAGGUAUUCUAGGCAGUCUUCAUAAAAUUACUAAUCCGACAACAAUGAGUGAUAUAUUCAACUAUUUAAAUGAAAUGACUUCAUGUCUUUUGAAAAUUAGAGCAUAUCAAAGUGUCCCUUCUGUAACUGAAACAUGUGUACAACCAAUUCCACAAUUUGUGCCACCUGUGAAUUUUAUAGCACCAAUAUUAUUUAAUACAAUGAGUCUUUCUGAAGAAUUUAUAGAAGCUAAAAAAAUUGCUAUGCGUACACUAUGUGAUAUAGUUGUACGUUCUCAUGAUGGAUGUCCUGAUCCGGAAUUAAUUGCUUAUUUUUACCAUCUUAUUCAUCAAAUAAGCGUUACAAAACAAGAGAAUUAUGUCUUCGAAGUUAUCCGGUCAUGUAAUAUGCGUUUGUUUGCGUCUUCACUUCCAUCUACACACUUACUCAUAUUAGAUUUCUUAAGCGAUGUCAAUGUUGUUUUAUCAAAUCCUAACUCUGGCACAGAAAUUCCACGUACCGAAGCAACAUCCAUUAUAUUAUCUCUACUUUGUUAUCCUUAUCAUUUUAAUCAUCUCGAAUCAAUUGAUCCUAUGUCGAUGAAAGCUAAAACUAUUUUGUGUAUAGAUUUAAAGUCAAAUUUGGUUCACAGUUUAAUACAAGCUGUCUUGUCAGAUCCAUCUGGAGAGGUUCGAUGCCUGGCUAUUACUGGUCUAUCAAUUUAUUGUGUCAUUGAACUAGUGAAUUCAUUCUCAAGAGAACCAGAAACUGGACCAUCCGUCAAUUUUAAAUCAAUGGACGAUUUGUUUCUUGAAUCCAUCAUAAUUUUAUUAGGAAUGAUGCGGUUUAAAAAUAGGGCCAUAUCUAUCGUUGCAGUUGAGAUGAUCAAUACGCUCGCUGAAUACUGUCAUCUCCUGUUAUAUCGUGAUGCGAAAUUACCCUCCCUAGUGUUGUUGUCACUUGCAUGGACUUUAUAUUCUACAUGGGACAAUACGGAUCUUGACAGUAUGUCAUCAACUGAUAAACAGUUCUUUCAUAGUCUUAUCCAAUCAAUUAUCGAAUGGUCUAUGCGUAUACCGUAUGAUCAAUUAAUGAAGAAUUUUGAAAAUAAAGCAGAAUUAAAACUAUUAACGGCAUCGAAUUUAUUAGAUAUAAUAAUUGAAGUGUUCUGCUUUAUUAUAUCGAAUAAUACAAAUUCACAAACUUCAGUACAAAAUUCCAAUUAUCCUCAAUCUAAAAUUUUAUCAAGUAUGAACUUUACAGAUCCUUUAAGAGAAUACAUUAAUAGAUGUAAACAGUUAAUUGAUAUUAAUUUAUUCAAUGCUCCAAAAUCUGACCUAGAUCUAUCUACAAUGACAGCAAAGUCUUGGAUUGUAACUAACGCUGAGAAUACUAUGAUUCCAUAUCAUUAUAAUGAUGAUAUGAAUCGUACAGUGGAAUCAGUACGACUGGCAGCACAAAUGGCAAUGAGUCAUUUACUCAAUCAUUUAGACCAGUUUCCAAUGUCGAAACAAUGUGUACAACUGAAUACAUCCAUACAAGAGCGUCAUGAUCAGUUAGCUCAUAGUAUAUCAUCUGCUCAAAAACAAUUCACUACUAACAACCAUAGUAAUAUGGAUGAUUUAUCCGAAUUAACAGCGGAGAUUUUUGAACAAAAUAAUUUACAAAUAUUUGUGUUAGAUCGUUCAAUUAUUUUGACAUUCCUAUCACUACCCAUUGUGAAACUUCCUGUCCAAUUGAAAAAUAUCAAUGAUAACGUGUCAUCUACUACAGUUAGUAGUGAUAAGGACAAUACUGAACUACAAGUAGUCGAAUUCAAUAAUUCCACAUAUUCUUAUCUACCAUUAUCAUAUUUAAAUUCUAAAGAUGUCGAGGUGGAUUCAUCAAAGUCUAGUUUGAUAACAGAUAAAUUUUAUACAAGAAUUAUUACACGUGAUCUAUCUGGUAAAUAUAGUUGGGAUGUUUCUUAUUUAUAUGCUAGUCUAGUUGAUAUGAAAGAAAAACAGGAAAAUCAACAAUUGAAUGAACUUACAAAUACUAAUUUACGAUUGGUUGAUUCUGAUGAUUCUAAUUCACACUUGAUCACACGCGAUCCACCACCAUGUCCUCCUCCAAGAGUAAAUCCGCCUCCAUUUAUAACUAACAGUUUAGCAUCAAAUACAAUUGAUCAACUUGAUCGGUUAAGUGGCGUUCUAAGAGAUUUGGCAAUAACUAGUCCAGAAUGUUCAAUUAACUGGUGCACAUCAAAGUUAUGUGAAUAUGAAAAUUUGAAAAAUAUUUCUGACAAAGAAAAAACAGCUUGUUUGAAUAUGGAGAAAAUGACAUGUGAUCAAAUAACUGCUCAAUAUCAAAUAGAUGAAAAUGUGACUCAUCGAAAGUUACCAGAUAUAGAUGUAUUAUCAUUAUAUAACUCUCAUAUAUCACAACCAAAAACUGGUUCUAGAAAUUCUCUGAAGUAUACAAUACGUUCAUUGAUCAAUGAUAGAAAAAUAAGUGUUCAAGAAUUAGAAUCAAUGAAACAAAAUACUUUACAAUUUUACAAUUCGCGUCAUUUAUUAAAUCAAUUAGGUUAUUUAUCUUGGAAGCAUAGACCUACCGUUGAAUUAUUACAAAUAUCUCCAGCUCUUAUACGUGAAUUGAAACAUUUGGAUAAUCUUGGAUCGCGUGAAACCCAUAAACUUGCUAUAUUCUAUGUUGGAGCAGGACAAGAGGAUAAACAGUCCAUUUUAUCAAAUCAAACAGCAAGUUUAGAAUUUGAAAAUUUUGUAGCUGGUCUUGGCUGGGAGGUUGAUUUACUUAAGCACAAAGGAUUUCGUGGUGGGUUAGAAUGUAGUGGACGUGCUGGUCUAUCCACACCAUAUUAUGCAACAUCAACUUUAGAAGUUAUUUUCCAUGUUUCAACAAGAAUGCCUUCAUCUACUCAAGAAGAUUUAAAGUAUAAACAUUUGGGAAACGAUGAAAUUAUGAUUAUAUGGAAUGAGAAUUCACGCGCUUUUAGACGAAGUAUACUGCGUACACAAUUCGGCGAUGUAUUAAUCAUUAUUUCACCCUUACUUAAUGGAUUGUUUAAAGUCGAAGUACGACGUGAAGCCCAGGUUGGUUUAUUUGGACCAAUUGUGGAGAAUGCUAUUUUAACUGCCAAUGUUCUACCAGGUCUAGUUCGUGCUACAGCUAUUAAUGCUAGUCGUGCUGUUCAAGCUAUCAAACCGGGAUAUCGUCAUCCAUAUGAAGAUCGUGCUUCAAGUCUACGGCAAAUAAUAUCCAAGCAUACAUUGUCAACCUGCUUUGAAGAAUACGCUGCAUCGAUACUUUUGCCAAAUUCAAAAAGUGUGCACCACAAUCAGUCAAAUUUAUCAUUGAAUCGAGGUGUAGUCAAUAAAUCAGGUGGUGUAAAAUUUUCUGAUGUUCCACCUAUUACACAAGAAACUUAUCAUAGUUAUUCGCAAAACUCAACGUCUGAUCUCGCUCCUAAUGAUGUAACUAAUAAUAAUAAUACUCUUAAACACACUGAUGAUGUUGCACAAACACCUAGUAUGAGGCAGAGACAACAAACCGUUUCCGUGUCUUCACAUCGUGCAACAAGUGCACAUUCAAGAACAUCAUCAGUGACUCGUGCUAAAAGCAUGUUUUCGCGACAUCACGUUGAUAAUUUAAACACUAAACCUAUUUCUGUAAUUUCUCAACCUUCAUUAAAAACUAAUUCUACAACACUUCAUCACCAUAACGAAACUCCUGGUAUGUAUAAAGCAAACGUGUUUAAUUCAGUACCUAGUCCACGAUUGUUUCGAGGACUAAGAUCUCGUCAACAUAGUGGCUCCAAUAAAAUAAAUUAA